UUUUUCAAAUAAUAUUUUAGUAUAAUUAUGCAUACACGAGUCAACAUGACUUGUAUUCAAAGAAAAAUCUAAAAGUAGAAGUAAAAAUUUCCUGGUUGCCAUAGCAAGAGUUUAUUCUGUUCACGUAAGCACUCGGUACAUAUUGUAGUUUACAAAUUAACUAAUACAAGUUCACAAAACUGUUGGAAUUCACACCUAGAUUCAUGUUUUAUGGUCUUGAUAUGUCGGUCUUUGAGAGCAUCAUGUGGUUCAUAUGCUGAAUUUACAGCGCUCUCCGUGGUGCUGAAAUUAGUCUAUGCAAACUUUGAAUUCUGCCAGUUCUCUUGGUGCUUCUUUAUCAGAAGUAAAAUGUAUUGGUGGGCUGAUGACUAAUUUUACGUAAAACAAAAUAUUUUGCCAUUUUCAGAUUUACAUUUGAAAAGGAACAUGAUUCAAUUAUUAAAUAUCAACUAUACUAACAAAUAACCUUCAUUUUUAUUCUAUACACUGAAGCCAAUUUAUGUGCCAAUGAUUUUAAUAAUACAAGUGUUUUAAACUGCAAAUCAUUGGUCUAAGUGUUAUUCACAUUUAUGGACGUAUUUGUCGUUUACCACACGAUGUCGCUGGAGACCAUGGAUAUGAUUGUUACAGUACGUGUAAAACUCCUCCCUGUACGGGAAACCUAAAACCGUCACUGGCCAUCAGUUAAGAGAGACAGCGGGGUUGUGUUGUGGCGAGAAGGGCUCCUGCUGCCGCUGAAUAAUCGUGUUUAUGACGGAUAAACUGGAAAUACAUGAGUAUCGGGAUUCGGUGCUCACUGUACAACGAUGGGAAACGAGGAAUAUGUCUGGAUUCGUGUUGUUGCACUGCUGUUUCUUUGUGACUGGUCUGCUUCGCAAUUAUCUUACUCCAUUUCCGAGGAGGUGAACAAAGGCACCGUGGUGGGGAACAUCGCAAAGGAUUUGAAUUUGAAUGUACAAGAUCUAGAAACCAGGGAUCUACGUAUUGUUUCGAGUUACAGUAAGAGCUAUUUCGACGUGAAUUUGCGGACCGGGAACCUCUUUGUUGGCGAGAGGAUAAACAGAGAAGAGAUUUGUCCGAAUUCGGCACAAUGCUCAUUGAGAAUACAGGCUGUUUUAAGCAAUCCAAUGAAUGUACACCGCAUUGAGGUCAGUGUUUUAGAUAUAAAUGACAACUCCCCAGAAUUCAUUGAGCAGUCGUUUUCAUUAAACAUCUCCGAAUCAAUGUCACCGGGAGAGCGAUAUCUGCUCCCAAUAGCAGAAGACGCAGACAUAGGGAGUAAUUCAGUAAAGAACUACAAGCUGAGCCAAAAUGAAUAUUUCUCGCUUGAUGUGCAGAGCGGUGGAGAACACGGUGUGUCUGCUGAGUUAGUGCUGCAGAAAGCUUUAGACCGAGAGAAACAGUCGGUUAUUAAACUUAUUUUGACUGCUCUGGAUGGAGGAAAACCUGCUAGAUCAGGCACAUUGCAGAUAAACGUUAAUGUAUUGGAUGUCAAUGAUAAUACACCGAUUUUUAGCAAAUCGCUUUAUAAAGUGCAUGUGCAUGAAAAUGCUGCACACGGAACAGUGGUAAUAAAAUUAAAUGCAACAGAUUUAGACGAGGGCAUGAACAGUAAGAUCCUGUAUUCUUUAAUUAAACGAGGAAAUACUGAUCCAUCAAAUAUCUUUGAUCUCAAAUUCAGAAACAGGAGAAAUCACUGUGAAGGGUACUUUAGAUUGUGAAGAGA